AUGACGGCCAUUCCAAAAUGGACCCCUGAACAGGUGGGUCAAUGGUUGCAAAGCAUCGAGCUACAGGCACUAAAACCUGCCUUCUUGAAAAACCGAGUCGAUGGGCAGCUGCUCAUGGAGCUCGACGAUGAAAUGCUCCAAGAACUUGGCCUCAAUUCAAAACUUCUGCGUCGUCGUCUCUUGCUGAAAAUCAAAGACGCCGUGGCGAUGAAACUCACCCUCGUGGACAAAAGCCGAUCUCGAAACCCAACGGCAACUACGCCCAAUGACCAGCCCCCCGCAACACACCUGACCGAAUCAACAUAUGCCGUGCCCAAACUCCUGUCCUCUACGCUCACAACAUCACCUGCUCUAGCAGCCUCGGCAACCACAUCGCCACCUGCUACCCCCCAGUUUGCCUCACGCCAACGGUCCAACCUGCCCCCUCCUUCCGUCGAAGAUCUGAUGCGUGCGGUCGACCAGCAGCUUUACGUCACCGUGGAGAGCGAUCAAGUUCAGGUCCCCCUUGAUACAGGCUAUGUCAUGACGGACGCCUCGGACAACGUAGAAGCAGCGUCCCAGCCACCUGCGGCUAGCCACGAGCGUUCUCACGGUAGCAUUGUCAAUCACAGUGAUGACCAGUACAUGCAACUCGAUCACCAAACAGUACACGCCCACGUGGAGGCCGCCGCAUCCACCAGUACUGACGCCUUUGGUCAGGCCCUAGAUCAUCUACAGGGCAUGUUCUCUCGCACCCCUCGUGCGGAUCUGGAGGAGGCCCUGCGCUUGAGCAAAGGCAGCAUCGACACCGCCGUUGAUUUUCUGCUGGCCAAGGCCAUGAGCGAUGAACCCGCCCCAGACUCGGCUGCAAGCCAAGCCGACACUGCCCAAACAAUCCGCCAGCAGCCCCGAUCCGCCAACGACUGGUUACACGGUGAGAUCUCGCGUGAGGUUGCCGAGGCCCUUCUUAAACAGCAAGGCGCUGCCGAUGGUCUCUUCCUAGUUCGCAGGAGCACCAGUGUCCCGGGCGCUUUCGUUUUGAGCUUGUGCCACCGCGAUGACAUUUUGCACCAUAUUAUUUACGCUGGCCACACCUGCUACCAAAUAUUUGACAUUGAAGCCGACACCUUGGAAGGCUUGAUCCAUUUUUUGUCUGAUUUUCAACCUCAGCACGGCUGGCUUACUCCCCUCAACAUGCACGUGCCGCGUGCCGCCUCUGAGCUUCUCAUCAAUGGCGACGAUCAGUAUGCCAGUGUCCCCGGCAUCAGUGCCAGCAUGCAGAGUCGCAUGCGCAAUUCUUCUGUCCAUCAUCGCCCGGCCUCCACUUCGCCUCAUCGUCCGCCACCGCCUCAGAACCCCCCCAUCAGCAGCCCGACCUUUUCCUACACGGCUAAGGAAGGUCGCCGCAACACUCGAGCUCAAAGCCUGAGCUACACCCCCCCUCAAUGGGAUGCAGCUGCGAGUAGCGGACCAGUGGGAGAGCCCGACAGACAACCACCUCUCUGCGACUUAGAUACCACCAUAUGCAGGCGACUAUAUUUUUGCAGCUUGUCACGCCUGAGUGAGCCAUCCCAAGAAUGCUUUGUGAAGACCACCGAGAUGGACAUGCGCGUGUUACUGACGCAGGAGGGCCCCGAUUUGGGUAUUAUCGCAUAUGAUGAGAUUGAGCAAGUGGCAUCCGAGUCGCAAUACACGCUGCGCGUGAUUGUGAGCCAAGGCCGUUUUCGCGGCGUUUAUUAUUUUGACACCCCCGACGCUGCUCAGUUGCUGGAGACGAUCGAGACGAACAAGCGCAACGCCAUUUUAAUGGAGGAUAUUCGGAUCGCAUCUUUGAUGCAGAACGAGGAGUUUGCGGCUCGUGUGCAGCGGGAGCCAGCCCUGGCUGACAUUGUGCAAACUUCGCAGUCCAAAAAAUCCAACCCUGCACAAAAAUCCAAGGCGCGUGCAGCGCUGAGUCGCAUUUCCAGCCGGUUCAUGCGGAAGCAGAAGGCUGGGCGAGCGGAAGGGAACGGGUUUGUGAACCCGGGCCUUAAUACAACCGGACGGCCAACGAGCUAUAGUGCGCAAGUGCCCAUGCAUUCGGAACAACUUGGCACGGAUCCGGCCACGCACAUGCCCGUUAGCUUUGAUCACGAGCACGUAGCACCGCCGCCAGCCCCCGUCUCUCCCGGCGUGGCGGGAGAGGCAAAUAGUCGUUCGGGCUCUAGUGCCUCAAGCGGCUUGGCCGCAAACGGCAUCCCACCCAAUGCCGUUGUUCUGGGUGGGCCCGUGCCUGCGCCGAUCUUUGAAGCUGAGUUUGAGGAGGACACCUACGGCAUUUUGGAUGGCAUUCCCAACCCUGAUCUGCAUUUUGGAGUGGCAGCCGAGGCACCUGUACCCUACCGCGCUCUGCGGACGCGUCAGGCAAGCGCGUAUGAGCCGGGUCGGCUCACAUACGAGGCUGGAGAUGUUGUGCACGUGACUGCACAACAUGAAUCGGGCGAGUGGCAGGGCUUUUGCAACGGGCAAAACGGGUACCUGUCUUCGUGCGACGUUGAGUUGAUUGUGCCUGACGAGUAUCAACCGGAUGACGUACAUGUUGAAGUGCGUGAGCCUCGCUCGGUUGGCAAUCCGAGCGCACCUCCCGCUUUUGAUGCGCCCUUUGACACUUAUUGACCGUGCGUUUACAAGUCUUCAAGUUUGCCGAUCAAUGCUGCGGGUGAAUUCACAAGUCGCGACC